CAGGUAAUUCCCCUGUCUUGAUAUUACUCCUAAACGUGCGUGACGUGUACCAAGGUAUUUUGGGGUCUAUGAAUAAACACAAGGGGCCAAAUUACUUGGAGUGAGUGGUUGUGGAGACGUUCAAGUUGCUGGUUUGUUGAAAGCAAGAUGUCCAAGAAAGAUGCUUACCCCUCGACGCAGGGCAUGAGGAAACCUGAUGUUGGGAAAGUAACUUAUAAGAGGAUGUUCCAACAACUUGUUGCUGGUGGUGGAGCAGGGCUCGUUGAAAUCUGCCUCAUGCACCCGCUCGACGUCGUUAAAACAAGAUUUCAAUUACAAGGCAGUGGAAGCAGCGUGCAGUAUCGGUCCGUUGCUCAUUGUUUUGGAACAAUGUAUAGAACAGAGGGGUUCUUAUCUUUCUACAAAGGGAUCUUGCCACCAAUAUUAGCUGAAACACCAAAGCGAGCCGUGAAGUUUUUCUGUUUUGAGCGAUACCAACAUUUAUUUAGUGGAGGAGGGGAUAAAACACCCCUGGUGUAUUCGCUUGCUGGCUUAUGUUCAGGAUUAACUGAAGGUUUGGUUUGUAACCCGUUCGAAAGAAUCAAAAUUUUGCUUCAAUCUGAAAAAGAUGUGAAACUAAAAGAUCAAGAAUCAACAUUUUCGAAAGCUCGACAAAUCAUAAGGAACGAAGGCUUUGGUAUGAAAGGGAUUAAUCGGGGCUUGACGGCAACACUUGGUAGGCACGGGGUAUGGAACAUGGUCUACUUUGGUGUCUUUCACUCAUUCAAAGAAUAUAUUCCAAAAUCUGAGUCCCAGACCCAACAAGUUGUUUAUAAAUUAUGCCUUGGUUUAACUGCUGGUACGCUUGCUUCUGUAAUAAACAUCCCGUAUGACGUCGCUAAAAGUCGAAUCCAAGGCCCACAGCCGAUACCGGGUCAGAUUAAAUAUUACGGAGCCCAUUCUACCAUCGUGAUGAUUUAUAAAGAAGAGGGGUUUUUGGCGUUGUACAAAGGGCUCGUUCCAAAGUUUCUUCGAUUGGGACCAAGUGGGGCCAUUAUGAUGUUCGUUUAUGAAAGUUUGUCCGAAUUUCUUGCGAAGAAAUAUCCGUAAACCCUCAGCAAAAAGUUUAAUUGCACUUAGUUGAAUAAUUCAAACAUUUUAUUCACCCAUACACUUUGCAAUGCUGUAAUGUUUUUAAACUGAGUAAUGCAAUGCUGCCAAUUAUAAAAAUUUAGUAAAAUUUAUCGAUUGUAAUUUAAUCAUUUUACCUUUUAUUAGAAUGAUUUUAACUUUAUUCUUAAUAUAAGUAUUUUCUCUAUUUUCUAAAUUAAUUUAUUUAAUCUGCUGCACUAUAUGUGUCAUUUCUAAAUAAACACCAAAUUCGUAA